AGAUAUGAACCCUAUAGUUGGAGGGCAUACGAGGAUGAGGUUGAAAGAGACGAUUCUAGUACACGUAGAUGACUGGGAAUUCCAUACAGAUGAGACAAUGUUAUAAAAAAGGGUCUUUUUAUCAUUUUUAUAACACUUUGCGCCCAUGCGCAGUCGUCUCCUUUACCUCGAAGUGAUCAACAUCAAAAAGUCACCAAUCUUGCUGUCGUAGAGGACGCCAUGUCUAACAGUACCACCCCCAACCCUCUGAAUGCAACAAUUCAGUCUUUGGACGUCGAAAAUACAACUAUAGUCCAUGAGGAGGGGAAUGCUGGGAAUUUGACAACGGAUCCGUGGAAGGAUCUAGAAACUACAGAAACAGAUGAUGACGUCAACUGGUCCCAAGAACCCACCGAUGGCAUGAAGCAUUCGGACGCUGAGUGUGUGUCCCAGAGGACAAGGAGCUACCUGGCCUCUCCUUGUGGGGUGCGGGAGCCACCCAGACGAAGUGUUUGUAACAUCAACAAUAUAUUUCACGUGAAACAGGGCGCUAAGAUGCUGCUUCAAACGCUUACUAAUUUUACUUUCGAUGGCGACAGCGGUAUUCCGGAUAUAAAGUUGGACAGGCUGAGCAAAACAACACCUCUAGACGCCCAACUCAAGGAAUUGGAGAACUCACUUCAAACCUACUUUCUCUAUCUGUCUGAUGCUAGCUCCAUCUACUCGGCGAAGUUCUCUCAACUCAAAUCUCUACAAUUUGACUUCAUCAGACAUAACCUGCUCUCUGUGUUAUGUGACCUUGACAACGGUAUGCCCAUAGUACCGCCAUCUCUAACCACAUGUUUGUCACGUGAUUCGACAACUUUUCUCUCACAAACUAUCUACAUUCUGCAAUGCCUGCACACAGAUGCCACUGUUGCGAUGACUUGGAAUCGCUGUCAUACAAAUUAGACAUUACUAUUUCCAUUUAGUUUAUUUUUUAUGGGUUUUUUUUAAAGAUUUUUGCAUGGGUUUUUUUCUAUGUUUUUUAAAGUAUCCUCAUCUUACUUAUUUGUUUUCAAGAACAACAUGAUUUGAUUUUUGGUAAUGAUUUUGUCCUUUCUGUUCUUCUAAACUGUUCUUCUAGUUUUACAACUAGAUAUAAAAUUGUUUUUAAUACUCUCUAAAAUAUCAACUUUAAAUAUCUCUGCAUUUGUGAUUUUAAAAUUGUGUGUUCUCUGAUCUCGAGUCAUAUUGUACUCAAUCGGUAUGGCAGAUCUAUAGAAUUUGAAUUAGUUUGCGUUUUGGUUUCUUGUAGGUAGAAAAAAAUGUUUCAGACACUGCAAUUCACUCAACUCGUUUUAUGAUUUGUCAGUAUUAUCCAUGGAAUGAAAACAUUUAUUUUUUAUGUUACAUGCUAAGCAUGAUUGAUGAUUCUCAUCCAAACACUUCUUGGCAGCUAAACCAAACCAUUUUGGAAAGUUUGGAAUAUAUUUUUAUGUAUGUUUAUAUUGCUUGCUUUUCUGUUUGUAUUUAUUAUGCAGUGAAUUUAUAUUCUUUUAAUGACUUAACCCAGUCUUGUUUGUUGAAAAACAUAAUUUUCUAAUUUUUGACUACAAUUAAUUUCAUGAAUUUUUUAGCAAUAUGCCGUGUUGAAUAUUGUAAUUACAGAAUAAACCACAAGAA